CACCAAGGUUACCAAAGUAUGUCCCUCCUCGAAAGCAACAACGCCGGCGCACUAUAGCGGCGCAGCGUAGCGUAGCGGCGCACUGUAGGGGCGCAUUGUAGCGGCGGCGCCAUGGAUAUACCUCCGCCUCAUCCGCGCGAGCGAAGACGACGACGACGCCGAGCUCCAUCGUCUCCGUCGACGUAGGGUUCGCGAAGAACGGGGCCGGGGGUGGCGGGGGCGAUGAUGGCCUUCGCCACCGCGCGGCGGCGCCACCACCACCACCACAACCACCGCCGCCGAAGGUGCCCGAUCCCUGCAGCGUCGGCGUUCCCCGCCGCCGUGUUGCUCCUCCUCGUAGCCCUAGCGCUCCUCUCCUUCCUCGCGCCGCCCCUCCUCGACCACCACUCCUCCUCCCUCUCCGAUCGGCGCCUCCUCGGCCGCAGCAGCAACAGCUCCUUCCCUCCCUCAUCCGAUCUCGCGCUGAAAAAUUCUGGUGAUUUCCGAAGAAACGCGGUUGGUGAGGAAAAUUUCCAUGUUCCGCGUGGUGGAGGGAGCUUGAGGAGUGAUCUGUGGGGUUCGAAGCUAUCUAAAUUCUACUACGGAUGCAGCAAUGCGAGUAGCAACUUUCCAGAAGCUAAAGCUAUCACAUAUCCGGAUAGAUACUUGAUGAUUGCGACAAGCGGUGGUCUAAACCAGCAGAGAACAGGAAUAACUGAUGCUGUUGUUGCAGCACGCAUUUUAAAUACCACCCUUGUUGUUCCUAAGCUGGACCAAAGAUCUUUCUGGAAAGAUGCUAGUGAUUUCUCGGAAAUUUUUGAUGUCAACUGGUUUAUCUCUACUCUUGCAAAAGAUGUGAAGAUUAUAAAAGAACUGCCUAAAAAGGGUGGGAAAGUUAUCAGGGGCCCUUAUACAAUGCGUGUUCCACGGAAAUGUACUAAAAGAUGUUACCUAAAUCGUGUCUUACCUGUUCUUCUGAAAAAGCAUGUGGUUCAGCUGACGAAGUUUGACUACAGACUUGCAAACAAGUUGGAUACUGACUUGCAAAAGCUGAGGUGUAGAGUAAAUUAUCAUGCCUUGAGAUUUACUGAUCCAAUUCAAGAAAUGGGCGAAAAACUUAUAAACAGAAUGAGGGCAAAAAGCAAUUAUUUCAUUGCCCUUCACCUUAGAUUUGAACCUGAUAUGCUUGCCUUUUCUGGGUGCUAUUAUGGCGGGGGAGAAAAGGAAAUGAGGGAACUCGGUGCAAUACGCAAGAGGUGGAAAACUUUGCAUAUAAGCAACCCAGAUAAAGAAAGAAGGCAUGGGAAGUGCCCAUUAACCCCAGAAGAGGUUGGGCUCAUGCUGAGGGCACUGGGCUAUGGUGAUAACAUUCACAUCUAUGUGGCCUCUGGUGAAAUUUACGGCGGCGAGGAGACAUUAGCACCAUUGAAGGCACUCUUUCCCAAUUUCUAUUCGAAGGAAACUUUAGCCAGCAAGGAGGAGCUGGCCUCAUUUUCGUCAUUCUCAUCUCGUAUGGCCGCUCUCGACUUUAUAGUAUGCGAUGGGAGUGAUGCAUUUGUGACCAAUAAUAAUGGGAACAUGGCUAGAAUUUUAGCUGGCCGAAGGAGAUAUUUCGGGCACAAGAGGACCAUAAGACCGAACGCUAAGAAACUCUACUCCUUGUUCCUGAACCGCACGAACAUGUCUUGGGAGGCGUUUACCUCGAAGGUGCGGACCUAUCAGAGAGGAUUCAUGGGAGAGCCUAAGGAGGUGAGGCCGGGGAGGGGCGAAUUCCAUGAAAACCCCUCGACUUGUAUUUGCGAGAACGCCGAAGCUAGGACAGGAGAGGGCUCCGGUCUCCUUGUGCCAAACGGCAUUGAUAGUGCCAGCGGAAAAGGUGGUAAAAGUGUUGGUGAGCCAACUUACAAUAAUUAUAAUGAUGAAGAGAUGCAAUUUUCAGACUUAGAUUAUGGGGAAGAUGCACCUCUAGGAGGAGGGGCAAGAAAUGUUACCGGCUCAGAUUAUGAUAUUUUCCUUAGACAGGAGGAUCUCGAGUUUGAAGAUUUUCUUUCAGAUUAACGAUAAUGAAGCGAGGCAGCAAAAGGGUGUUCUUUUCUUUAUGCGAAUUCUGUUUGGUUCAUUCAUUUUUAUUCUCAAAUUGGGGGAAUUCGCUGCGUCGUAAAAGACAAACUGCUUCUGCUUUGCAUUCUGCGACAGAGCUGUACAGCAUCUCUUCCUGAUUCGAGGAGCGGAGCAUAGAUCUGAAAGAACACAUUUUGGCUACCUGUACAAGCUAUAGCUGGCAUUGCCUUUUUUUUUUCUGUAAUACUUUGUGGGUGUGUUUAUAGCUGGUACCAAUUUUUCCUUUUGUUUUAUUCAUUCAAUUAUUGUGUUGCUGCGCUGAAUUUUUGAGGAGGAAGUGGUUUGGCCAAAUUUUUGAGGAAGUGCUUCUAUGAUGCUUCUCUAAA